CUCGAAGGUGGUUUUGAGUUGCAGCCGACUUCUGUUCUCUGAAAUCUGAGUGGCAGUAAGGCGGACAAAAAAAUCGAUUUGAAGACGAUAUUGAGUGGCAACCUUUAUUUGAAUCGUCGGCACCAUUGAUCGAUUAUAGCUGGUUCAUUCUGGUUCCUGCAGCCCAAGUUCAAUUCUGUUUGUAAUUAGAAUUUGAAUUGUAUCCACGAGAGCCUUGCGAAGGUGAUUAAGCGAGUGGAUUUGGUCGCCAAUUCAUCGGAGCAGCUUGAGGUGUUUAGAGGAACUGAUUUACAGACAUUUGGGCAGUUUGCCGAUGGGGUGGAGCAAGGGUUUUAUGGACAAUGAUGGCAACUGUAAGAAGAGAAGCAAAUUCACACAAAGCCCGAAUAGAUCAACUAAUCUGACAGAACGGUAUUAUACCAAUAAAGUAGAGACUGCUAAAUGGGUUGAUGGUAGGAUCGGAUUGCACUGUACACUGAUUGAAGGUAUUUCGCUGGUGAAGUCUGAAGUAGCUUGUGUGAAAUAUGAUAUUAGGAAGCUUUGUUCAAUUUUGCGGUGUUUGGAGCCCAACAUGGAGACUAUGAGAAAGAAAAUCUGCGAAAUUGAACAGUCCUUAUCUGAUAUGAAGGUUGGUGCUAUGGAAUCUAUUGUUGCCGAUGUUAUUAAAGUUCUGAAGACAACAAGUUCGAACACUGUGCCUCAGGUAGGGGAAAAGGUACUAGAAUCCAAGGAGGACAUAGAUGGCCAUAAUUCGUGGACAGACAUCACUAAGGAGAAAGAACCGAGAAAGUUAUGUCCAUGCACCCCAAUAGCUACUGAUGGCCUUCUGCAGAUGAAAAUUUCUGACAAAGCUCCACACGAGAAGGUUGAUCAUAUGGCAGAUGAGAAGGUGACAGAAUUGGCCGACAAUAAAACUUUGAUGGGGUUCAACGACUCGAAGGUUAAAAACAAAAACGACAGAUUUCCGUCAAUGAGAAAUCUUUCAAAGAAGGACUCAAAGAUAUUGAAAUUCCUAUUUGACAAGGGAGACAACGGAGUAGAUGAUCCCAGGGAAGAAGUAGCCCGAUAUGGAGAUAUUGGUGUGUCUUAUGGUGAAUUGCAAUGUCUUAGACCAACAUUUCCACUUUUGCGCAAGGUCAUAGACAUAUCGGCUGCGUACCUGUAUGAGGAGGACUCAAAGUCAUGGUUCUUCCCCACCUGUUUUGGGGAACAAGCCUACUCAAAUCAUGUUUCAUCGAAUUCACAUGCAUUGGUGGCGUCAACCAUACACCUUUGUGGGCUACAGAGGUUUCAUCGCUGCUUGAAGCGGUGCUCUAAGAUAUUCAUUCCCCUUCACGAUGAAAUCGAGGAUCACUGGUUUAUGUUGGUUAUGAAACUCGAUAGAAAAUCUGCCGAGAUGUGGGACAGCCUACCAGAUAUUGUAUCAUCAGCUCGAAGAUUUGAGAAGGCAAGAGUUGCGAUGUUGCUACUGCAGACAAUUUUUGAAAAUGAAAUGACAAAGUCCGAUGAUGUUUGCAUGCAGAUGAACAUGUUGGACCGUGUAUUUGUGAGAGACAUAGCGGAGGAUUUAAAUCCACAUGUAUCAUUAGGUACUCUCCCUUUUGAUAUGUCUUCAUUUGGUCCAAUCCAACGAAAUACUACAGACUGCGGAGUGUUUGUGAUAAGAAAUAUGCAGCAUUAUGGUACUGAUUGGGCUGCCAAGUAUGAUUCUGAUGGUGAGCGUGCAAGUUUGGUGUUGGAGUGUCUUCUUCAUCAAAGAAAUGAUGUACCUGAUUUGCAUGUAAAGGUGGACCAUGCAUUGGCUCUUUGGAGGGGAACUGUGCAAGGAAAGCCAGGGCAUAUAGGAUCUGCAGUCAUAGAUGUCUCUGAGGAUUCCAACCCCAGUGGUACCAAGCCUAAUCAAGAGAAAAUGGUCACUCCGACAGUCCGAAUGAAAUGAUCAGUUAGUGUUGCCCACUGCCGACAUGUAUUUUGUGAAUUCACGGAAUUAUAUUUUUGUCAAGACACCAAUCUAACACGGAGAUGUUAGUGCCUAAAACUAGUCAUAUCGUCGGUCAAAUUUGGCCUAGUCUAUGUAAGGGGGCUGAUUAUAUGUGAAAUGUGGAUUAUCAAACUGUCUUAUAUUCAA